AUGGCGCAGAACGGGGACAACCGACAGAAUUAUCCUCCCCAGGAGAAUCAUAGCCAGGGCCAAUAUUACGGACAACCACAACAGUCGCCUAGCCAGCGCCCACCUACUAGAGAAGACAGCAGCCAGUACUCCGGUCCUUCUCCGUCCAGCGACGCUCCUCGGCAGGGCCAGUAUCCAGCGCCGCCUGCACAAGAUCCUCGUGGGGCGCCAUCUCAUCCUCAGUAUCCUCCUCCAGGGCAAUGGGUGGGCCAGCAUCACAGUGCUUACCCCCAACCGCCGCAUCACUACCCUGAUCCUCAACAGGGCGCCUAUUCAUACCCACCGCCUCACCGCCCGGACAUGAAUCAACCGCCUCAGCCAGUGCAACCUCAUGCGUAUCAGCUGCCCCCACCUCACAUACCAAACUACGGCUAUGGCUACGGCUACCAGCAGCCACCUCCACCUCAACCUGCACCGCGUCAACGCACGGCUAUCGCAUGCAAAUACUGUCGCAAGCGCAAGAUUCGCUGCUCAGGCUAUGAGAAUUCUCCCGAUGGUCGUUGUCAGAACUGCAUUCGAUUCAAUCAGCAGUGUUUGUUCCACCCUGUCUCAUCGCAGGCGGCAUUCGUACCCGUGGCUGCGAUUCAUCAAUAUACCAACGGCGGCAGACCUCCGAUGCCAGGUAACGAGGGGCAAUCCAGCAAUGGCGCACCGUAUCGCAAUGGCGACCAGCCCAUGAUGCUGUAUGGCGCCCAUGGCCAACCCCUGGGGGUACCCAUAUUACCCACCACCAGGACAGCCCCAGCAGCCUCCGACGCCUCUCAGCCGCAGCAUCCCGGAUCUCCUCCCCAAGGUGGUAGUGCCGUUGGAACGAAUGGUGACAGUCAGGGACCACCUCAGACUUCGGAAGAUCGGGUUAGUCUCAAACGACCUCCUCCUGACGAAGACCCGCACAACGAGAAUUCUCAUACUUGGUCACAGUCUCCUCACCCGAAUGCUCGGGCUCGUCAUAGUACGUAUGACUCGCGUGCGAAUUCAAGUGGUAGCUUUAGCUUCCGUGACCCUGCUGCUUUGACUCCUAUAUCCCCUGCGACUUCUGUUAUGAGCCAUCAGUCACAUCCUCAACCACACACGAACGGCAACAAAGUACACAAGGAUAACAGUUCUCCUCCAGGCUUGACACCUACUUCGACCCAGGGUCUACAGUCACCUCUCGCAGGUCCAAACCUUGAAGAUACCAAAAGCCCUCAGCCUCAGCAAACUGGCUCUGCCAGCUCCUCGGUCAAUGGCCGAGCCGGCAUGAGCGUCAAUGACAUGAUCAGUGGUGCCCACGGUCCCGUCGUAGAGCAAAGAGCUAAGAAUGACAACGAGAUGCUCAGCAAAUUGGACGGCAAGAAAUGA